GGACCCGGCCCCGAGCCCGGCAGCGGGGCUGAGUGGGGAAGUUUGUGCCGCCGGUGCUCUGCCCGUGUGCUUUCUGCUGCUCGUGCUGCGAUUCAGAUUUAGAUUUUUCAUGCAUUUUAUCUUUCCUACCUCCUCCUCCUUUCCCCCCCCCCACCCUGUAGCUGCAAGUUUGCUGUCAUGCUGGAACUAUUCUUCUCUAAGUUGUCCUCUCUCCUGAGUUGGGAUCGCCCCCGACACCCCCGGAAUCUUUGCAAUGAAAGAAUGUCCUCCUCUGAAUCCAAAAUGGGCUCUCUCCUCCCUCCCUGCCUUCUGCCAUUAUCCUCACGCACCAGCUCUUCCUCUCGCUCGUGGUAUUGCCAGCACCGUGGCCUAAGGCCAAGGGAGUUAGACAAAGCAGUCCUUGCAGUCACACAUAUCGCGUUCAGAGUGAUAGGACUGCAGAUGGCCCCCUCCUUUCUGGAGCUUAAUUCCGAGUAGAAGGAGAUUGCUUCUCUAUUGUGCUGACAUCGAAUGCCCCCGGCCAGGAGGAGAAACCCGAGGUUUGCUUCUGAACCUGGGGCGAAGAAACCCCCCUCCCCCGUCCUGCAGAGGAGAGGAAAACAGGAAAUCUGUCCCUUUUGGCCCGAGAUCAGCCCUGCAGAAGCCUCUCCGUGUGAAUGCUAAGCGUUGUGGUCUCAGCCGACCGAGGGCUCUGGCCAGCAGUGGAUCUCACAGGGAUUUUCCUCUGGGAGCUGGGAGCGUUCACUCUCCCUCCACAAGUAUGGCAACGUCUGCGCAAUACAGACAGCUUAUAAAUGACUACGGGCCCCCAUCGCUAGGGUACACACAAGGGAUACAGGGUACCAGCAGCAGUCAAGUACCGCAGAGCAAAUAUGCAGAACUUCUAGCUAUCAUCGAAGAAUUAGGAAAAGAGAUCAGACCCACAUAUGCUGGGAGUAAAAGUGCGAUGGAGAGGCUAAAACGAGGCAUUAUUCAUGCCAGAGGAUUAGUUCGGGAAUGCUUGGCUGAAACUGAACGAAAUGCAAGAUCCUAGCCCACGAAUGCAGUUACAAGAUUUUCCUUCUCUUAAUGAAGAAAAAGUAAUGCCUACUCAUUCUGACUCUUGAAACAUUCAGACAAAUUCCUUUAUUUUGAAGGUUUUACCUUUCUUUUUGCCCUUAAAAAUGUAUAGCGAAGAAUGACAAAACAAGGAUUUUUCAACUUGCUGAGGGUUGGCAUUUUGUAAAGACACUAAAACUCCCUAAGACGUUUCUAAACCAUGAAAACUGAACUGCAUGCAGAGGAAUGCUCUCUUCUAGGCUAUAUUUCAGUUCUCUUCCUAUCCAGCCACAAUCCUGUUGUUGGUUUUUUUUUUAUCUUUUUCACAGUAUCAGCGUAACCCCAAACUGUCAGUCUUUCAAAGUUUGACAUAAGCUGUAAGGACUUUUUUUUAAUAAAUGCAGAAUAGCAUGCUGUACUUAGUAGUCUGCUAUGCCACAAUUUGCCAUACAGCAUAGACCCUGCUUAGAAAUAAUAACCUUCUCCUCCUCUUACUUUUCCUUUUUUGUUCAUUUUGCAUAAACAUUUGCAUGACUAUUAGUGCUUUGAAGUCCUUUUAAAGUGCAUGAACUAUAUGGAAAAUAGGGAAGCCUAUUAAAUAAUAACAAGAUUCUGGAAAGCUAAUUUCUACAUUAAGGCUGGAGAUUUCAGUUUUAAGUUUGCAAAAAAAAAAAAAAAGAAGAAGAAAAUUCUGGAUAAAUUACUAAAACUUAUUUGCAUCUUUGUAUGUAUUUAUUACUUGAUGUAAUAAAGCUUAUUUUCAUUAA